CCUAACCCUCUUUUAUUUUUCAGCAAUGAGCUCAUCAAGAUCCGGCCCCCUGUCGGCAUUCUGAAACCUGGAAGCUCGGCGACGGUUAGGCUUCUUCUCCUGACCAAGGAAGACCUGCCAGAGGACGACCGCCAAUGUUUACGUCGCGGUCUACAACCACGACACCGAAGACUCGAACACGAAGGCGCGAAUGCAGUGGGACAUGGUCAAGAAGGAGCAGGGCAUCAAACGUCUCUACGUGCGCUUCGAACGCGAAUAGGACGGAAGCGGAAGAUGCGUGA